AUGUUCAACAAGGUCCUCGUGUACGCUGGCCUACUAUGCGCACUCACCUCGACAGUCGCUGCAGUCGUCGAGGUGAUCCCAGGCCCUAGUUUUCCAUCCUUGGAGUCUCUCGGCCUCACAUCUGAGGAGCUGUUCGCCAAAGGUCCUCCUCCCGCCCUCACAUCACGGAUCACCGAGCUCCAAAAGCGCUAUGACCCUGUCUGCCAGGGAUACAGUACCGGUAGCGUUGACAAUGUUAUCGCUUGUUUUAAUUACCUCGAGGCUCUCGGCACCACGGCCUGCACUGUCAACGGGGAUGAUGUUAUCAUGUGCACUGCUGGAGACGCGGAAGUCGGUGGCUCUAAUAUCUCGGGCGAUUCUAGUGUUAGCUCAUACUGCUCGGACGCAGCCUUGGGAGUGCAGUGGGUCUUCACGAACUGCAACUAUGAGGGUCAAGUCGGAGGCUCGCAGGCUGCCAACGGUAAUGGUAACUUGAUCAUGAGCGUCGACAACGUUAACUUUGGUUAA